CUCUCUGAUGUUCAUUUAUUUGGAGGAUAAUGCCUUGGUUCAGUUUCUGCCAUUGUUUGAAGAUUGCCAUCUGCUAUCUCGCAACAAAUGGCAGAAGUUCAAGCUGAUGUGAGCCUGUGGAUGAUAUAUUAGAGAUGGAGUCAAAUGGAGAAGACGCUUCUCGAAUUCUCAGGGAGAUCGAGACCUUGAAGGCCGCUAAGGCCGACAUAGAGCAUCGAAUAUCGGUUCUCGAAGCUCGGCUUCGCGAUAUUCCUCCGCCAAACGACGCCAUUUCUGGUGUCUCCUGUUCUUCCAUGUCAAUCGCUGGUUUGGCUGCCGGACACGGACUCUCCCCGGAUAUGAUCUACCGGUAUAGUCGCCACCUUUUGCUUCCUUCCUUCGGAGUUCGAGGGCAGUCAAAUCUCUUGAAGUCUUCAAUUUUAGUUGUUGGAGCUGGAGGAUUGGGCGCACCAGCUCUUUUAUAUCUUGCGGCAUGUGGUGUUGGGUGCAUAGGUACUGUUGAUCAUGAUGUUGUAGAGCUGAAUAAUCUGCACCGACAGAUUAUCCACACUGAAGCAUAUGUUGGUCAACCAAAAGUACAAUCUGCUGCUGCUGCUUGUCGUUCGAUUAACUCCACAAUUCAGAUUGUGGAACACAAAGAAGCUUUACGCACAUCCAAUGCUUUGGAGAUUUUGAGCAAAUAUGAUCUAGUUAUCGAUGCAACAGAUAAUGUCCCUAGCCGGUACAUGAUAAGUGAUUGUUGUGUUGUAUUAGGGAAGCCUCUUGUUUCAGGUGCUGCAUUGGGGUUGGAAGGGCAGCUCACUGUUUACAAUUACAAAGGAGGUCCAUGCUAUCGGUGCCUUUUUCCUACUCCACCACCAACAACAGCAUGUCAAAGAUGUUCAGAUAGUGGAGUUUUAGGAGUAGUUCCUGGUAUCAUUGGCUGUCUCCAAGCCCUAGAGGCUAUAAAGAUUGCAAGUGCUGUUGGAGAACCACUGUCAGGAAGGAUGCUUCUCUUUGAUGCAUUGUCAGCACGAAUUCGAAUUGUCAAGAUUAGAGGGAGGUUGUCCCAAUGUGAAGUUUGUGGAGAAAAUGCAACAUUCACCCAACAGAAAUUUCAAGAUUUUGACUAUGAGAAGUUCACUCAGUCUCCACUAUCCACGACUCCAUUGAAGUUAAACCUGCUUCCAGCAGAUUCCAGAAUAACCAGCAAAGAGUACAAUGACAGACUUGUUAAUGGGGAGGCACACGUAUUGGUGGAUGUACGACCAUCACACCACUUCAACAUUGUUUCUCUCCCGAAGUCAUUGAACAUCCCACUCUCAAGCUUGGAGGCUAGGGUGUCGGAAAUCAGUUCAGCCUUGAAGGAAGAAGUGGAGCAGAAGGGUGGUAACCAUUCUGGUACAAGUGUCUACGUAGUUUGUAGAAGAGGUAAUGACUCACAGAGAGCUGUUGAAUACCUCCACAAAAUAGGUUUCACUUCAGCUAAGGACGUCAUAGGGGGACUGGAGUCAUGGGCCCAUGAUGUGGAUCCAAACUUUCCUACGUACUAGUCAAAAUGCUCGCCUGUGUCGCCUAUGUAGACCGCUAGAAUCAAAUUUUCCAUGUCUUUUGAGUUAUAUGACUGAUUAUUGAAAACAAGGGAGGCCGUUCCAGAUAAUUUAUGAUUCAGGCACAUAUAGUUUUGCUUCCUUCUGAUAA